GAGUCUUCAUAGCCCGUGUUACCAUGGCCACCCACUUCUCCAAGGAUCAGGAGGAGAGAAUCAAGUGUGUUAAGGGGGACCUGUUCUCGUGCCCUCCGACGGAUGCACUGGCUCAUUGCAUCAGCGAGGACUGUCGCAUGGGUGCAGGCAUAGCUGUUCUUUUUAAGAAAAAGUUUGGAGGCGUACAAGAGCUCUUGGAUCAACAAAAGAAGACUGGGGAGGUGGCAGUUCUGCAAAGGGACGACCGAUACAUUUACUACCUGAUAACAAAGAAGAAAGUUUCUCACAAACCAACAUAUGAGACUAUGCGAAAGAGUUUAGAAGCCAUGAAAGCUCACUGUCUAAACAAUGGAGUUACUGACAUUUCCAUGCCUAGGAUUGGAUGUGGACUCGAUGGCCUGGAUUGGAACAAAGUUUCGGCAAUACUUGGGGAAGUGUUUGAAGACACAGAUAUAAAUAUCACAGUUUACACUCUGUGAGCAAACGAGUUUAAAGAGAGCCCCAUUUCCCUUGCUUUCUGGAGUGGAAACCUGUUCACUGAUGAGGGAGGAAACUGCAUGCCGAGCACAUUCUUCGUCUGAGCGUAGCUCACUCUUGUGUUGUCAGUGGCAGUGGC